AGAGCAGAAACUUAAACCAGUCCAAGGCGCAGCGCCGCGCCAUCGCUACUUCCGACGGAAGUGACGCUAUUCGGGGAGGCGGGGCUUCCGGUCUCCCGGCUGGUUUCCUCUGCCCGGCCGCCUCGGCUGCUCUGGAGGAUCGCGGUUGACUGACAAGGACCCUCCAAAGAAGAAGCCAUGACCCGGUGGGCGCGAGUCACCACCACGCGCAGCAAGAAACCCCUGCCUGCCACCUCCUGGGAGGACAUGAAGGAGGGGUCCCUGCAGGGGAGGAGCUCACAUGCGCCAGAGACUCAGCAACCCAGAGCCAGUAGGCUGUCCUUGAAAAACGACAGGCCCCAAGCAAAACGCAAAAAGAACAAAAAGAAAAAAGAGUACUUGAAUGAAGAUGUGAACGGAUUCAUGGAAUACCUGAGACAGAACUCGCAGAUGGUUCCCAGUGGGCAGGUGAUAACCACAGAUGCCCGGGAAGUAAGGAAAGAAAUUGCAGUUGCUUUGAAGAAAGACAGUCGCCGGGAAGGAAGACGAUUAAAAAGACAGGCAGCCAAGAAAAACACAAUGGUAUGUUUUCAUUGUAGAAAACCUGGCCAUGGAGUUGCCGACUGCCCGGCUGCCCUUGAGAACCAAGACAUGGGCACUGGGAUAUGUUACCGGUGUGGGUCCACAGAGCACGAAAUAACCAAGUGCAGGGCCAAAGUAGACCCGGCUCUGGGUGAAUUUCCUUUUGCAAAAUGCUUUGUUUGUGGGGAGAUGGGGCACCUGUCCCGAUCCUGUCCUGACAAUCCCAAAGGACUUUAUGCUGAUGGUGGUGGGUGCAAAGUGUGCGGCUCUGUGGAACAUCUGAAGAAAGAUUGCCCUGAAAAUCAGCGUUUGGAUAGGGUGGUCACCGUUGGUCGCUGGGCAAAGGGAAUGAGUGCAGACUAUGAAGAAAUUUUGGAUGCACCUACAGUGCAGAAACCCAAAACAAAGACACCUAAGGUUGUGAAUUUUUAGUAACGAUUGAUGCUAUUAUUAAUUGCAACCUCAGUAUUUUCCAAGCUGGGGCUACUUUACAAGUUUGAGCUGGGUGCCCUCUGAGUUGAGCCUGUGUUGGAGAUACUGCGCUAGUCCACAUGGAGUCAACCAGUUUGCUGUUCUCUGUCCACCAAUGAGUACUUCUCCUGGAGAGAAGUGUAAGAUGAUUGAAGUGGAUUCUCUGAAAGGACCUCUUUGAACAGACAGAACUUAGUCAAACUAAGUGGUCAUGCACCUGAUUGUAACAAUCAUCUUUUUAAAAUGCAAAAUUAUGCAUUAAAGUGAAUUAUCCCUAAACAAAGCAUACUGCUUUGUGUCUGUAAAUGAAUUUUUGGUUAUAUUGUUCUCCUGGUUCAAAAUACCAAUUUAUUUAAGAAAAACACAAAAAACGAAAAACAGUUUGUUAUUGCAAUAGAAAUUUAUUUAUAAGUUGCUACAAAAAUCUAUUUUAAAAAUAUUGAAUAAAAUGCAUUUACUGUUCAUUUUUCUGAA